UUUAAUGCCCUCGCAGCACAGCAACACCAAGAGGAAGCGUUCCAAUGCUACAGAGCUCUGCUCUCCAGUUGCUGGACUGUCUCAGAUGAGUGCAGGUACGAAAUCCCAGGCAUUUCUCCAGAGAUGAUGAGCUUGAACUUGAAGUAUGUCUACACGUACUCCGUGCUCAUCACGGUGGACAACGUUGAGAGUCUGCUGGCAGCUGCUGACCAUGUAAACAUCAUCAGGCUCUUGCAGUGCUGCAGCGACUUUUUGGAGAGCCAGCUUUGCCUGGAGAACUGCAUUGGAAUAUGGAAUAUUGCCAAUAUCUACUGCUGUGCUGAGCUGCAUCAGACUGCCUACCAGUUCCUCCAGCAACACUUCAUGGAGGUCGCCAGGACCUCAAUGGAAUUCCUGGAGCUCACCCUUUCUCAGCUCUGUGAGAUCCUGGAAAAGGAUGAACUUAAUGUGAGGCAGUAGGAUGUAGUGUUCGAUGCCAUCCUUCACUGGAUCAUGUAUGAUCCUGCCAACCGCAAGGCACAUAUUGCUGUGUUGUUGUCAAAUGUAAUUAUGAUUAUUAAUUGUCAUUGACAUGUAGACAUAAGAAUGGAAUGCUAACAUAGUUGAGUCCCGAGCUCGUUUUGCAGUUUUCUGAAGAAGUCACAUUGUAGAAUUCUUAA